AUGUUCCUGGUGCUGCGGGACACAGGAGAGGCUGUCCCCUUGUCCCACCAAGCAAGCUUGAGUAAUGCUGGGACUUGUGGCACCAACAGCUGUGACGUGGAGGGGGCCUUCCCCACGUCCUGCUGGGGCCCAGAGCAUCCGUCCACCCCCGGUCACCAGGCAGCAGACAGAUCAGACAUAGUGGAGCCAGCAGAGCCGUGCCGCACCUCAGACAGCUGUGGACAGCCACUGGGAGCCGGGCCCCCUCGGGAGGCGGGCAUCUCUCACAUCCGGGCAGAGGGGGCCCCGGGAGACCCCCCCCGAAGGGGCCCCAAGGACAGCUCCCAGGACACCACGCUCUUAAUACCCACGGAGGCUCCAGAGGAGAGGCUAGCCCAUGGCUUCCUGCCAUCAACGCCCGGAGAGGGGGGUGAAGCAGUGGAGACCCAGCCAGCACCAGCACCUCUUCCUGCACCGGAAAUGAGGGACAUGGAAGAGAGGCGGGAGCCAGACCGCGCGCAGAACCAGCCUGAGGAGUCUGCAGGGGCCCAGGGCCCCGAACCCCCUCGCCAGGGCUUCAUGAAAUGCUUGCUGGCAGUGGGGGAGGAGGAGGAGGCCGCCCACCGGAGAGCCUCGAGGGCCCAGGCCCCGCCGGGCCGGAAGCUCCCCAGGACCCCCACCCCCGUGCCCAUCUCAGCCCCAAGCCUGCCCCUGCCCCUGCCCCAGACACCCGCCUCAGCUCCCGCCACUGCCUCUCCGUGGACUCGGUCGCUGACCCCUGGGCCUGGCCCUGCCCCCGUGGGUGCUCCAGUGGCUGCAGUGCGGGCGCCAUGGAGGAGGACGGAGCUCCUGCACGGGGGCUGCGAGCGGACCCUGAGCAGCUGCAGGGCACGGCAGGAGCCGGAAGACCACAGCCUCCGGAAGCUGUGUCAGAGCUGGGAGGAGCGGGCCGAGGAGCGCCUCACCCUGCGGCAGGAGGAAGCUUUCCGCAGCUACUUCGAGAUGUUCAAUGGCCCGGGCGAGGUGGAUGCGCAGAGCCUGAAGAACAUCCUGCUCCUGGUGGGCUUCUCCCUGACCCCAGCCCAGGUGGAGGACGCGCUGAUGAGCGCCGAUGUCGACGGAGACGGGCAUGUGGACUUCAAAGACUUCUUGGCCGUGAUGACAGACACCAAGCGCUUCUUCUGCUCUGUGGAACAGAAUGCCCCGACGGACGUGGCUCUGCCCAACCCUCACACCCUGCUCUUUGAGAUCCUGUCCCUGCUGGUGGAGAUGCUGGCCCUACCGGAGGCGGCCUUAGAGGAGAUCACGAACUACUACCAGAAGAAGCUGAAGGAAGGCACCUACAAGGCCCGAGAGGUGGAGACGGCCAUAGGCCGGCUGCGGGCGCAGAAGCUGCUCCCCGCCGGCCCUCAGCCUGCAGACGGCUUCGAAGUCCCAGAACGAAGGGUCCUCAGGCUCCUGAGCCGGCUGAAGCAGCAGAACUACGCUGCCAACCUGCAGAGUCCCUACGCCCAGGUUCCCUGCAUCCCGCUGUGCCCACGACUGGACAAGAAGAUAGUUCACCGGAAACAGGGCAGCCACUUCGUGCUGGACCAGUACAACCCCUCCAGCCUGGGCCCGGACAUUCGUGGCCUCUUCUUCCAGCCAGGAUCUCAAGGCAAAAGAGAAUACAGCUCUGACAGCCGGAAGUGGCUCAGCUCCGUAUCAGCUCAAACCCACUGA